AUGAAUCUUGUUGUUGUAGUGGUUGGAUUAGCCAUGACUCUUGUCGCACUACUCUCAAACGUUCUUGGCUUUUGGUCGUUGGUGAUGGACGGAGAACAUUUCUCUCUGUACUAUCAUGGACCAGCAGAUGAUAAUCAAACUGCGAGUCGGGAUACCUGCAGAAUUUUCCAAGAAAUUGGAGGGCGGGCCGGCUUCUCCGCAUCUUUCUCUCUGUCAUUACCGAGGAAGGAUAUUUUAACCAGCAACGGUCAACGCCUUUGCUUCCACACCAGCCUGAAGUUGAGAAGGAUAUCCUGCCUUCUGGGGAGUGCUGCGAGGAAGCCGGUAUUUUGAACAGGCUUAUCUCGUCUUAUGAACUAAAAUAUUUCAAUCAAUAUGAAGCGCGCUGUGCUAGUGUUACGCGCAACAAAGACCCUGAGGUCUUUGCUAGGCGCCAUUCGAUGUUUUAGGGUAAAAUUUGCGUUAUUUGUCUCUCGAACAAAGAGUGUGCAAGGAGAGAUAGCCUCGAAGAAAAGUGUGUAAAGUGAGACAAAAAUGCUGGCACUUCAGUGUUUGCGUUCUGGACAUCCAGGCUGCUCCCUCAUUAUGCGUGUAAGUAAACGCCACGCAACGGUGUCGGAGAUCUGCUAGUCACGUCCCGUAGAGAAAAAUGUUGUAACCCCUCGAUGAAGUAGAAGUGUAAUCGAUCAGUGUAAAAUAAGGAUAUACAGUUAAAAAAGAUGAUGAUUUUCAUGCGCAAUUAUAAGUAAGAGCAAGAGAUUAAUAUGAGGUAGCGGGAGUUACUCACUGGUUCUUGUCUGCUCCAGCGUUUAGAGUAUUUGCGUGAAGUGAGAUUCGAUGACUUAUCUCUUGUGCUGUUCGAGGAAAGUUGAUGUAGCUCAAGGGGUAGGGACACGAAACCCAACGAGGACACGCGGCAAAGCUUAUUUGACAGAAGCCCUGUGUUCAGAGCUAGCUUUGGGAGGUACCGACUGGCGCGCAGAAAAAAGGGUAGCACUGAAGGAGCAACGUUGUGAAAGCUGUGAACAAGUCGCGAAUAUGACGAAGAAGCCAACGUCGAGAGCCGCUGGGAGGCGGACCCACAAAUUUAAGACUUGACGGCGGUACAAAAGAAUCUAAAGAAUUCUUUACCGGUGUGCUCAGAUGAUUUUUUUGCUGGAAACAAUCGAGGUGAAAAUUGGGAUUUCGAAUUUUUCAGCUUUCGAGAGAGAUCCCUGAAGAACAACGAAUAUCAAAGAGGAAUGACGACCAUAUCUGUUAGAUCAGCCAUUUACCUGUUUUGUGCGCGACUAGCUGUUCUUAUCGUAUCUGCGAAAAGCAGUAGCGCUUCUGGCUUAAAGAUCCUCUUGAAGCAAACAAAAUGAAAGGUCACGCUUCUAAAUUCGUGCUGGUUCAAGAAACAAGUCACAUGCUUUUCUGGCGACAGUUGCUGGAGAUCUAAAUAUUUCAUUUUUGGAUGUUCUUGGUCAGAUUUCUCACUGAAAGCCCUAAAUUACGUUACGAUCAUCACUUACAAACUGCUCUCCGUGCCUUCCCGAGAUCCUUCCGCUUUUCUGGUAGUGCAUAUACCUUGUAGCCUCUUCGCUUGAUAGAUCCGUGCUCGACUGCAUUUUCGCCAAGAUCUCUUCGAGGGGGUCAGUGAUAUCUAAAUAGACUGCAAACAAGACAAGACAGCUCAAGAGAUCUCCGUGACAAGAUCUAAAAUUUCUUGUGAUAAACUCUAUUUUGUCCUCGCUCCAAUUGAAAAUGCUUCGAACAACUGAUCCUAAGAUAGGCUAAACUCCGACGACCGACGAUUUCCAUUUUUCUUUGAACGAAGACCAAAUCAUCGUACCAUUAAGAGACCUACAACAAUACCACUUUCUAAAUUACCGCAACAGGGAAACGAG